AUGGCCGCUGCAACGGCGCGGGAGCGCAGUGCCAGAACCAUGAGCAGCAGCCGUCUUCUCGCCAUCCUGCUCAUUCACUUAAUCGGUAGCGCAGGGGAGAGUGACGAACAGAAAACGUGUGAUCAGUACUUCAAGGCCGGCGUCGAAGCUUACCUGGAGGAGAGGUGGUACGAUUGCGUCACGAAUCUGGAAAAGGCGUUGUCAGAGUACCGAAAUUACAGGCAGACAAUCGUAAACUGCCGGACGAGUUGCGACGAGAAGGCCCGUUCUUCUCCGCAUAUAUUCGAGACCGAUGUCGAAGAUCUGCACUUCUACGAGGAAAAAAUAAAGAAAACUCUGUGCCUUAUGAAAUGUAAGCCGAAUUAUUUCAGGGAUAGAUCUUAUUUGUCCAAGGAAAUUGAAGAAGAGUUUGAAAAUCUCAAACCGUACGAAUAUUUACAGCUGUGUUAUUACCAGAGACUCAUGCUACAGGAAGCUGCUCAGGCUACGUUUACAUUUCUGACAAGAAACCCAGACAAUGAGGUUAUGAAGGCCAAUCUCAAAUUCUAUUCCACGCUUCCUGAGGUGGAAAUGUCAGAAAUAACAAAUCUCGAAGCAGCGGCUUUCGUCCCUCUGUACAUACACGGACUGGACGCCUACAACAGCGAGGACUACGCCAUGGUGACCCGCUACAUGGAAGAAUCUCUCGAGGAAUACCUGAGAGCGGACGCGGACUGCAGAGCGUACUGCGAGGGCCCCUUCAACCACGGCUGGUUCCCCGACUUCACCUCCGCCAUCUCCAAUCAUUACACUUACUGCCUAAAAUGCAAAAGCAAGUGUACCGACAAAGUGAACACUGUCAAUGGCGAAACGCAUGACGAUCUGCUGCAGAACCAUUAUCACUACCUCCAGUACGCAUAUUUCAAAGUUGGUGAUAUGAAGAAAGCAUGCGAGGCAGUUGCUACCUAUCUGCUCUUCAGUCCCGCAGACGAGACUAUGUUGCAAAAUAAGAAAUAUUAUCUCAGUCUGCCAAAAGUGGAAAAAGAAUUUUUUAAACCACGGGAGGAAGCAGUAAAAUACAUCCUGAGAAAAGAAUAUGAAGCUAAGCUGUUAAACUUCAUCGAAACUGACUUCACAUUUGACAAGAAAGAUGAAAUUGAAACAUCGGAGAAUGAAAUAGAGGAUGAAUCUUCCUGACUAUUACAGCUUACCAUUGUGAGAAGGAUAUGACCUGGAUCACAAUGUAACCAGUGUAGUGAAUGACUUUCAGAACUGAGAAUGUUCAUUACAUUCUGUAUUGCUAAGAACAUUUGUUGUUAAUCAGUGUAGUGCAAUGACACCUGACGUCUCAUAUUGGUUUUGGGAUGAUGCUUGUAACACACUCCUAUAUUGACAGUUCACAAAUCGAUCAUGACGUACCAACUUUGGAUAUUUUGUGAAGAAAUAGUUUUAUUUAACUUAUGCAGCUACUGAUAUAUGCAUCCACUUCCUUAGAUUAAACUCAAUAUCUCUAAGUCAAUAACAAUAAUGACAACUACUGUCAUAUUAAUACUUUCAUCCAUUAAGAAAUUUUUAAGCUACAUGUUAAGUUUAGGACCAAAAUAUCUACCUUUGUUUGCAGUGUGCAAUGUGUUUGUGAUAUUUUAAGAAUCAGUCACAGCUAUUUCUUAACAAUUUUGCAGCUUUCAUACGUAAUUCAUGGUAACAAACGUUCCAAGAAUGUUGUGAACCUAAAUGAACAGGAAAUGUAACAUAAUUUUAGAAGAUUAAAUCUGUGUUCUGAAGUAUAACUUGAAAUAAUAUUUCAUUAUUUAAUUGCUAUAACUGAACAGUGGUCUACAGUAAUGUGUUUGGGAUCACAUAUACCUGGAUUAUAACCAUUGCCUACCAUUUAACUGUGGUAACUAAUCAAAUUAAAGUUAAUCUGUUGACUAAAGCUAUUGAUAAUUGAUUUAAUGUUACACAAAGCUUACAGAUUUUAAGCAAAACUGUUUCAAAUCCCUGAUUCCUGCAGUACUUCUGUGGCUGGGUAAUUUAGGAUGAAGUAACCUUCAGAUUAACUGUCAGUGUGAAAUUACAGUGGACUUCAUGAAUACAGUUUGCUUUUGUUUUAAGGGUUGGAUUAAGACUUUUACCACAUGUUUUGAACUAUGGUUCACAGGCUAGCUAAAAGUCAAAUUCAAAUAAAAAGAACUUUAAAUGGUUUUAACUUAAAUAUUGGCAUAUAAUUACAAAAUAGAAUAAAUGUAUUAGACUACAACAAUGGGCUUUCAACUAUUAAUUUACAACUUAAUUUGUGUAACUUCUUGUUCUGUUAUAUUAUACUUACAUUUAUGGUAAUCUGUUUCUGUAUGCAAUAAAUGCACUUAUAUUGUAUUUAUUACUUAUUAAUUUGUAAUACAUUUUGUACAGAGAAGUUAUUCAUGUAGUAAACCAGAAAAAUAAUGUGAUAUAGUUUUUUGAAUAAGUUAAUUAACUCCAUACAUAAAUGUAAUCCAUGGGUGCCACUAUUAUAUGCAAUUUCAGUACAAAGGUGGUUAAACUUGCAACUAUAAAAGAAAACACAGCAACAUUUUUGAAGGCAUUAAUUUUUUCUUAGAAUCAGUAUUUCUUUGUUUAGGCGAACUUUCAGAGUUCAAUACCUCUUGCUGUAGGCAGUCUUCAGUCCAACUGGAUGAGGCUUUAACAUGAAAGAAGCAAUGUGUUAAAAGGAGGUCUUAAUCUAAAAUACCAUUUUCCAGAAAACUUACUACUAGCAAAUGGGUAGCACAUCCAGCAGUGUGAAGAUGGUCUUUGUUUCACUUCUCUGUGGUAGAGUAUGGCCUGUAUACAACGGCUCAGCUCACACAAAUCAGAUGACUGCACCUCUCAAAUAAAUCUGCAGCGUGGUCACUGUGUUGUUAAAGGCAACAACCACUGUAGAAUCUUCCUUACUUCUUAGUUUUGCAACCCAGGCCCUAGGUACAUGAUGAAGGAUGUUUGCAAAGUAUGGGGGGAUAAAAGUACAUCCCAAUAGAACUUACCUGCUGCUUGAAUGUAAACUUCACAGACAAGACUUAAUUCCAUGAAUAUUUUGUAUGUCUCCUAUACAACUGAAAACAGUACAUAUAGACCAGUAUCAUGGUCUGUCAAAGAGCAAAUAGUGUCUUAUUAAUCUCUGUCCACCAGAUGUAAUAUGGAACUUGAUGGAACAUUACAGCAUUAGUGUUCAUAAAUUCAAACACAGUUCAAGUAAUCAUCUUAUCUUGAAAACUAAUCCCAUGAUUGUGACUGCAGGGAGCCACAAACCAACCACCUGUAUUUCAGUAUCAGUUUUGUCCUGUCAAAUGCUGUUAAAGAAUUCACUUUAGAUGCUGAAAGAGAGAACUGCUUUUGCACAGUGUUUAUAAUGACAAGGUCACAAAAAUUGUAAGAAUUAAAAAUUAUCUUGUUUCUGGUAUCCCAGAAAGUGUCUAUAGAUCUAAGUGUACUGCAACUCUGUUUACCAUAAUCCCCGCAACUGCAGAUUAUAUCUCUUCUUGUGCCAUAUAG